GUAGCUUUAAUAUGGCAACCGCCCUCGACUGGUAGAGCCGCGUAUCGUCAGUGACCGAAUUAAACCAGUUGAACCCGAUAUAAUUCCGCAACCCCCGAGUAGAAAACUCGAGAAUAUCGUGAGUAGUAGAACGACAUUGUCGCACGUUGCUACCGCACCGGACGUUAGCUGCAUUUUUUGGAACCUCGGCAUGUGCCCAGUUUUCGUACGUUCAUCCCCUAAACGGUAACUGCGUCGUCGGUUUUGCUGCGUAGCUCCUACUUCUGUAUCGGGGUACCCACACCGACCACCCCCGGAACAUGUGUUACACGGGUUGCGAUCAAUAAGGUAAUCGCCUCGUCUGUUUUGACGCUGCGUUAGAAAUACCACAGCUUUUAUUUCACUCCGCCUAUCAUCACUUUCGCCUGAGAUCCUGGCCUGAAGCGAUUUUCUUUUGAGAGCUUUCCGUAUCAAAAAAAAAAAAAGAGACGUUUUCGGACCGCUGUCCGUCACGUGAUAUUCGAUCUCCAGUGAGAUUGGCUUUAAUAAUAAUAAUUCCACUUUAACACCGCGUUACAAAGAAAUCAUCAAAGCUGGCGCCGUUCAAGCUCCGUUUUUCGAAGAUGUCAAAAUCUUCGAGUGGCGGCAACGAGGGUAGCCGGAGUAGCAGCGUGGAAUACGAGGAGCCGAAUCAGCAACCGAUAAACGUUCAAGCUCUGAUGAGCCCGAACACGAGAUUGGACACACCCGCUGGACCCGACGAGAACGUUCUCUCGGUGAGAAGCGAGCCUCUGGUACCGAGCUCACCUCCCCCGUCGUACGAGCACGUUCUCGAAGAGACCAGACUGGCGGUCGAACAAUCGGCAACGAACACAGAGGACGAAAUUUGUUGCGACAACGGUAACGAGAGGGAAAAACCACCGGAUGGCGAGAGAACCCCCGGAAGAGGCGGCGGCGGCGGGGGCGCAGAAAUAAGGGUCGUUAAAACGCCUAUAAAGGGUCCAGAAAUUCUGCACAAAUCCAGCAAAGAAUUGUACAGAGCUGUCGCGAAGCAAUGGGGUAUCACGUGUAAGAUGAGCGAUCAGUGCAGGUGUUUGGAUUGCCAGAGUCACUACUUCGAUUGCGAGUACGAGAGGGAUGAACAGGAAAAAACUGACGGAGGUUUGGGUGCCGGAACUCCGAUGUUUUUGUCGGAGGUCAUGCACGGCACGGCGUGUACGAUUAUAUAAUUUUUACGGUAAUUAUAUAUAUAUAUUAUUUGAACAGAAAUAUAGAAAAGAAUUAAUGCGUUCGUGUGUUGAUGAAUUUGAUGAAUUGACAGGUCUCAUAUUAUUAUCCAUGAUUAUACUUAUGAGAAUAAUAGUUAAUCGAUUUGUCCAUCGUUAGAACGGUGCCGACAGUCAUGCAGUUAAAAAGACAUGAUGAGAUGGAUAUUUUUGGUAUACAACAAACAGCCUAUACAUAAUAAGAUUGAUAAUAAUAAUAAUGACAACAGCAUCAACAACGACAACGAUAACCAUGAAUAACGCCGUUGAUAUAUUGUUCGUGUUUAAACGAAACAUAAAAAAAACUGAAACGAAAAAUAAAAACUGAAGAUUAAUCGAUGUAAAAUUGUUCGAACAGCGAUGUUACACAAGUAGGUAUAUAAUUGUAAUUAUACACCGUUAUCAUCGACACAUAUUUGAAAAGCAAAAAAUAAAGAGAACAAAACGAAAAACGGGAAUUACUGAAAUAAACUGAUCAUUAUUAAUCAUGGAAAGCAUUUCGAAGAACCAAUAGACCGACUAUACGGUACACACACUCCAUGUUUCGCGGAGAAAAAAAAACGACAAAAAACGUUGGCAAUCAAACACUUGUAAUUAUUGAUCUCAAAUUAUAGUAAUCAAGUAAUCGUCCUGUAGAUCAACUUCUGAUUCUGCCUUACAUGAAAAAAAAAAACCUCUUCUCAUUUACGUUUUCGAAAAACCAGUUGAAAAAAAUAAACGAUCAAAAAAGUAGAAUGAAAAAGAAAAAUUCAACGACAGUUUAUAAAAUAUUGAUUAUUUUUUUUUUUUUUUUUUUCUCUUCGAAGUUUUCAAUAAUAGUUGUUGAGUGUGAGUAUUAUACACGGGUAUAGGUAUAAAUUAAUUGAAUGUUCAAUGUGCUUCGACAUUAAUUUUUUUGUGAUCGUAGGCGAGAACUUAAGCUCUUUUUCGGUUCAAUAGUUUUUUCCAUUAUCAUCGUUGUAUUAGAUCGUACUGUACGUAUCUAUCAUAGUUGAGAAGAUAGGGAGAAGGAGAGAGUGUGAGAGAGAGGGGGAAAAUUUGUAAUGUCAAUACAAAAAAAAAAACAAAGAAAUCAACAAAAUGUAAAAAAUAAUUUGAAUAAUGACUCUAUUAUGGUUUGAGAUAAUCAAACUCGAAACAAAUGAAAGUAUAUAGCCAUUUGAGCUUGUGGUUUAGUUACUAGAGUUCAUUCGGCUGAAAUUGAAUAGUCAAGAAUUAAAGAAAAAAAAAAAAAAAAAAAACAUAAAUAAAAA